AGUGAAUAGGUACUGCUGUUGUUGUUCGGUUACCAACAUUCUUCAAAAUAUCUUCUUUUGUGUUUUGCAGAAGAAAGAAAAUCAUACAGGUUUGAAAUGACAAGAGGGUGAAUAAAUGAUGCAGUUUUUGCCUGUAAGCUUUAUUGCUAGUUUUGCUAAUUGCUCAAUUUAAGUAAUCUAGCAUCUUUAUGCCAUCGCAAGCUAUAAAAGUCAAAGGUAAAAUAAUUGUGGGACAUGAAGUGGCUAAAGCAAGCAUGCAAAAAUGGGUCGUGUUUGUCAAAUAAAUGUGACACAUCUGGCGCUUCCAGUAAACAACAGUGUCGGGAGCGGUUUAGAUUUAUUUUUGUUUCUCAUAGGUCUAGCUAGACUUGUUGUUGUUUUAAAAACUUAACACAGACGUUAGAUGUUAGUGGUUCAGCGGAUUUAUGGGGCCGAUUCAAGGCCAGCUUUUUCAGUCCAGAACCUGCAGUUUCUUUGGUGGAAGGGGUCUAAAUUGGACAUCAACAUCCUUUUGAUGGGGACAGGGUAUUAGUGACAAGAGCUCCUUAGGUGUCCUUGAACCCUAUGAAGAGCACAUCUAGGUCCUGUUGUAAAGAUAUCGAAUUUGGUAUCUUGCCGAUGACUCAGGAAGGUCUAGACAAAAACAGUUUUGACAUAUUAACACACAUGACACAGUUAAUUUCAUAUGUUGUGUCUAAUGUUCAGGUACAGUAGCAUGUUAUUAGCUAGCUACUGAAUGAAUAUUCUAAGGCACGGUGAUUUGUCUAUAUUCAACAGAGGCUGUAGUUCAAAUCAGGUUUGGCGAGUCUGGUCAAAGCUAAAGUCAAAUGAGUUAAAAAAUACAUUUUUGCAACUUGUGCAAUGCAUGACUCAUGUCCCAGAUAUGUAAUUGUGGCAUUAAGAAAAAAGAGACUAAUUUAUCCUCUGUGCUAUAGUGUGUUUUUUGUCGCUGUCACGUUUAUUUGCAACACUUUUUAGGUUAGAAUAUACUGUAAGGCUUGUUUCACAAAUCCUGUCUGCGUGUUUUUAUUUCAUCAGCUUAUAUUUACAAAUUAUAGUAUUAAAACUCCAAGCAAAGAAGCAAUCCAAGUUGAUUUAUGGGGUGAUAUUUGCUGCGAGUCGCACACUGGGCUCAGCAGACAAUUCGCCAUAAAACCAUAUUUAUCAACCCAAUAUUUUGCUUUGGUAAUAAAUAUACAAAAAGUUCAAAGGGUGCCUUUGUACACCUAGUUUUAAAUGGAUCACAUACUGUAUGUACAAUAAUAAAAUAUGGCUCAUGCUAAUGGCCCAAAUAACACUGUUAAGACAUUUAAGUGCAAUCAUGUUAACGUGCAAUUCUAAAGGUCUUUGCACAUACAGUCCAAAAUUUUCGUAUGCGUUUUUUCAUAUUUGGCGCUCGUUUGUGCUUGCUACGGAUGCGAAAAAGAACGCAUCGAACCCAGUCAAAAAAAAAUUGUGACGGACGAAAAUAUCGGAGGAAGUGAGUAAACGCGAUUGACACAACGUGUGGUCAAAUGUAUUUUUUGACGUGCGGAAAUUUCGGACGCAAAUUUCUAACUCAAUGUGCAACGGCCUCAGUGUUUUCUACAAAAUUUUGAAUGAGACUAUGGGGGCUAAACAUAUUUUCCUCUAGGGGGGUCCGGGGGCAUGCUCCCCCGUAAGAAAAUGUAGCAUAUUUUAAAGGUAAAUGCUGCAAUCUGGUGCAUUUUAAGAGUAAAAUUAAGUGACUCAAUCUAUAAGAAUACAAUAGCUAUAGUAGUAAUUUAAUCAUUGGCACCAUAGAUAUAAAUGGGGAUAACACAUGGUAAAAUGAGAGUUCACAAACAAAAAAAGGCGAAAACGUGUAGAGCAUGAGCCAUCAAAAAAUGAAGCAAAAAAGUGUUUAACAGUUGAACUAAUUUAUAUAUUACCAUAUAUUAAAACGCAGGCUGGGCAUCAGGCCUUUUUCACAGUGCCAUUGUCCCACUCCCCCGCAUUGCAGUAGGCCUAUCACUUUACUAUCCGGACCAGAGCAUUCAUACAUUAUUAUGAUGCGGCGACUGUUUAGAGUAAGAAAAGCGCACACUCUCUCAGCACAACAGAGUAAUGUUAAGUUUGUGAUUUAUUAUGUUUUCAACUUUAUGCGCACGUUGCGCAGACCUAACACAAGAGCAAUUAAUGACAGACGCUUUCUCCUGCGGUACACGCCUAUCGGUCUGAGCAGCGCUGCUUGAUGUCCGACAAACCAAAUAUUUUGACAAGUUUUGGACAUGGUGACACAAAGGGCAGCAUGUAAUCGUGUGUGGCGCGCCCCCAUAUCAUUUAUUUUACUUACGGCAGUAAGAAACAGUUUAAACAGUGUCAUUCACAUCAUUAAUUCAAAUUCGUGCUCCAGCACAUUUGGCUAUCAAACUAUGCGUUCUGCACGUGAGCCACAAACAAAAAAAUACUCCAAACAUUUUUCUAAAUUAACUUAAUAUCGAAAUGAAACGAAACAUGAAUAAUUUGCCAUUAAAAACAAAACGGAACUAUUUUGGCGAUUUGGAAAAGGUUAAACGAAGUGCCUUACACGGAUAAAAUCAUGUUUGUACUGUGGAUAACUGCAGUGAAUACUGAAACAUUAGAUUUUACUUCCCUCAAACGAUGUUGUAUUCCGUAUGGCUUGGCGACAUCUUAAAUCCUGGCCAGUUCACGUGUCUGCGUUUCAACCGAGAAAGCUGAAACAGUAGCGAGCGAUCGUGCGUUCGUAUGUACAGUAUGUGUCUGUGUGUGUGCUGCGCACAUUGCGCUGAAGCAACAGAGAGGGGGACGCAUUUUUAGCCGUGAACAAUGGCACAACAACGAAACAGCGGUGCAGAAUUCAAAGUUACAAAUAGUUAUGUUGUUGUAAGAAAAACAAUUCGGCUCGUUUUAAGACUGUGGCGGAACAAAAUAGUCUAUGGCGCGCCGCCAUAGUCUCGUCAAUGAAUGGGAAACACUGGGCCUUAUACAUUUUUUAAAUUUAGUUCUUGAGGGAAUUCUUAAGGAAGAAUUUUGUUGAUACAUAUGUUUAUAUCUCAUAUCUAACACAGAUCUUGCUUGCCCUUGGUUUUGGCCGAUUUAGUCAGACAUACAGUAUGCAGAGGAAGUGAAGUCAUCCGUUAACUGGACUUCCUUGCUUCAGUGAGCACUCGUGGAAAAAUGUCAGAAUACAGCAGGCCACACACCACUUUCGUGUAUUUUAUAAGAGGACACAUAAAAUGGUCCGGGCUGAUGCCCCACAAUGCCUCACAUAUGCCACGGGACUCAGUCUGUUGUCACGAACGUUAAGGGCAGUAAGAAUGAAGGACAAAGAGCUCAUUUGCUCAAGAAGGACAUAAAGUAAAAAUGCAGAGAAAUAAUUUGCAGCCAACAAGAAACUUAAGUAUGAUUGAUAUAAAUUUGUGGAAUGCAUAAAUGUGAAUUGUAUUUUGAAUGUUACUGUGUUCUCUGGUUUGGCUGAACUGCUCCUGACCCUGUAUAAAUCAAAUCAAAUUUAGACUUUUGGCUGGAGCCCGAUAUUGACUCCAGUUCAUUUGGUUGUGUUGGAUUAUUUUGGCUCACACUUCUGAGCACACUUAUAGGGGUUCCACUGUACCAUAUGUCAAUAUACUGCACCAGAGAUGGUCAAGUCAAUGUAACAUGUCUUACGGGGGUCUAUGAGGCUGACUAAAAUGGAAUCGGAAGGGCAGCGUCGUGUUAAGAUGAGUAUAAUGUUUUGUUCUUGGAAAUUAGGGAGUAAUCAUUUUUUGCGCGUGAUGAGGAAUUGAUUCACAAUGAGAGAUUUCAGCAUAGCUGGUUCAUAUGUUAAGAAGAUAUGAUAUCUGCGAGAUUUAUAUCUAGGCUGUCAAAAUUGUACAAUUUAUGCAAUAAUUAUUACCAGGUGAUUUGGCCCAAACAAAGUACACUAAUAUUAGGACUAUAAUUGUAUAGUCGUUGACACAAUCUCACAGUAAUUCAUAACUAUUUUAGGAGAUGACUCAUUCAUAUUCAUGUUAAUUGGUACUCAUAGUAUGAUGUUAUGUUAUGGGUGGGGCUUCAGUAUUGCUUUUUUUAAUAAUCAUACGUUUUUGUAUGAUUCACAUUGUACAAUUUCUUACGAACGAACCAUCUCAUAAAAUAGAUUGGAAUUCCUGUGACAUCAGGCUGAUAUAUUACAUUCAAAAUCAUUUAUCAAUGAUUAUUUUUAUUGGUAAUUGGUGAUUUAAGAGUGCCAUUUUGUUGCUGAUGUUAAAUACAUGAAAAAAAUGAAUGGAUAAGUAAAUAAAGACUAGUGUGUAUUAAGUGUGUAUAGAUAGUGUGUUGUAAUAUUUGAAUGUGAUUGUAUUUCCAUAUUCAGGUAUUUCUAUGCUUAAUGCCAUUACAUAUAAGUUUCUACUGCUUGUUAAAAAUAGUUUUUUGAAGUCAUUAGGUUUUAUUUUCAAUUAUAAUAAUAUAUCGUCAUCUUUAUUAUAAAUCUUCAAUUGAAAAUGUUGGUUAGGAAAACUUGGCAAGCUCUUUGUUUUAGCAGCCUGAUUUUCAAGCUUGGACAGAAUGGUCCUUAGAGGGCUACACUUCAUUUUUUAAGUAGCACAUAAUUUGGUGUGCUUGCAAAUUUUAUUAGAGCGGGUGUAGUAUUUCAUUGAGAGUAGAGGCUUUGUCCAUAUGCUGUGGUGUUUGGCCGAAGCAAAGCUUUACUUUUCCAGCACAAUGCCCCAUACAGACAAUAAAUCAUCCUUGCAGCCAAACUCACAGCUCUAUGAGCCGAUAUGAAAAAGAGAGAAUUUAUAUUCACGUUAGCUUAAAAAAACUAAAUAACUGCAGAAAUAGCAUGACAGACUAUGCUUCAAACGUUGAAAUUAAAUACGCCCUGGUUUAUAAAAUACAUAGAGUGUCACAGGUGCAGUUUUUCUUGGUUUAUGAAAAAAGUUAGUUCACCUAAAAAAUAGAAAUGAAACCUCUAUCCAAAUCACAUUUCAGACAUACUGUAUAUACACAUACUGUAUAUAUAUAUAUAUAUACUGUAUAUUCUCAAGUUGUUUUUGUAUUUUCUGGCACUGAAACCUAUGACAAAAGAAGGUCAUUUAACGUUCUUUAAAAUAUCUUCUUUUGUGUUCUGCAGAUGAACGUCAGUCAUACGGGUUUGAAAUGACAGGAGGAUGAGUAAAUAAAGAAAUGAUUGGGUGAACUAUCCCUUUAAUCCCUUUUUUAUUCUUCAUCAUGAUAGAAUCAAUCGUGGUCUUUGUGAGUCUUCUCUAAAGCUGAAGAUCUGCUCAGGCAUGGGCUUGCCAGCUCGCUGUCCUAAAAUUGUACCUGCUCGCAAAAGUGGGAGGAAGAUAACGUCAGGUCCAGCUGGUCUCACUGUAUCCAGCAGGACAUCCUUAAUGCAGCCAACUGUUUAUCUGUUUUCCUCCUUCUUUUCGCACCCUCAGCACACCUCCACAACAGGCACAGAUUCACUUUAUUUCUUGGAAAAUAUGCUAUUUUGAGGCCGCGCGUGAGCUGUUGUUUCACAGUGACUGAACUUGUUUGUGGACGCAGUCUUAUUUCUUUGUUAAAAACAAAGUAAAAGCCUAUCGUUUAACGAGUCGGAUAUAAGAGGAAGGAAACGUGCCCAUCUGGAAAAACAGAGGUCUCCUGCUAGAAACACAAAUUGCCAUAAGGGGGAUGGCAGCUGUAGCGCCGGACCCCUGGAGCAGGAAGGAAUGACAUAGAAGGCCAGAAGCCCCAGACCCUGCAGUGUUUGACCCAGAAUGGAGCUAAAGGUGUGGGUUGAUGGAGUUCAGCGUGUGGUCUGCGGUGUCACAGAGGCCACUACUUGCCAGGAAGUGGUCAUCGCUCUGGCUCAAGCUAUUGGUCGGACAGGACGCUACACGCUAAUCGAAAAAUGGAGGGACACCGAACGCCAUCUCGUUCCGCACGAGAGUCCCGUCGCGUCCCUCAACACCUGGGGGCAGUAUGCCGGCGACGUGCAGUUCAUCCUGCACCGCACAGGCCCCUCCCUCAAAGAGUACCCCUCAACCGAGGGUCUUGCCCCUCGGGCCCCGGAGCGCGGCUUGCAUCGACAGAGCCUCCCGUUGAUGGCCAAGCUCCGAGCUCCAGGUGACCGUUCGCUCCGUCGACGCGAGCCACGCCGCAAAUCUCUGACCUUCACCGGUGUGCCCCGUAGCCUCAGGGACAUCCUCAGCGGAGGCAGGCUCAGCGACAGUAGCACCAGACACCGGGUGGUUUUAGUAAACGGUGUCCAGACUCCACCACCCAUGUCCCCUCGGUUGUCGGGCAGCCGCAUGGAGGAUCUCACCCAACUGGUGAGGCUGCAGAGAGAGACCCUUACGGUUCUAGAUCACAGGAUGGAGGAGUACGAGGCGGAACUUCGCAUGUUGAAUGAGAAGAGAAUUAGAGGCAGGGACGAUGAUACGUUCGUGAAGGUGAGGGAGGAAGUUUCGAGGAUGGAGAAGCAGGUGCGCAGGAACAAGGUGGAGGUCGAGGAAGAGGAAUUCUGGGCCACCGAGCUUCAGAUCGAAGGGGAGAGCGAGAGGCAGCUGGAGGAGCGGCUGCAGGAGUUGCGGGAUCGGUUGCGCAGCUGCGAGGCGGAUCUGGAACAGCGGCUUAUGUCCCUGCAGGGUGUACAGGCGGGGCUGGAGGUUCAAAGGCAGCAUAAAGAGAUCAGAGAGACCCAGCAGGCCAGUGAAGGUGAAGCGAAGGCAAGGAUUCAGAGGGUGAAAGCCGAACUUAAGGCUCAAGCUCAGCACACGGCACAGCUUGAGAACAGCUGUCGAGCAGUGGACCGAUCACUGACAGAGUCAUGCAAGAGACUGCAGGAGAGUCAGCACGACCUGGAACAGCUGACCAAAGAGUUGAGGCAGGUGAACCUACAGCAGUUCAUUCAGCAGACAGGCACCAAAGUCACAGUUCUGCCUGUGGAGCCCAGCGACGAAGACUCAAACAAUACAACAGAGAACAGAGAUUUCGCUGCAUUAACUGGCUCACUGAAACGUCCGGGUUCGUCUCACCCUGUGGUCGGCAGCAUUCGCGGAUUGCCGUGUCCCAUCUCCUCAGCUUUAAAUCCUGAAGGCAUCUAUGUGUGAGGACCUCAAAUCACUGAAAUAGCAGAAAUUAAGCUUUCCACAGAUGUCAGCGGAUUUCUUUGUUAACCUUUACAAGUCAAAGCACUACAGUAACCGAUACUGCAUCCAGUAUUGGACUGAGGUAAUGGACAGUACUUUUUCAAAGCAAUUCACCUUGACAAUACUUGAUCGGCUGUCCAACACAAUGAGCUGGAUAGCGUUUCAAAUCUAAGCAGAAAAUAUGCUGGUUUUCAUACGUAUAGCGUUUACUACAGCUGGAUGAAGGAUGAAUUAAGAACAUAAAUAUAUAUAUUUUUAAUCUCAUUUCAUUAUUUUAGCCUGUGUCUGUAUGAAUGUGCAGCUUUUAAAUGUGUAUUAUGACGAGAUUACAUACCCGUGAUAUUUCAUAUUUUAUGUUGUGGUUGGUUUAUAGCCUCAUUUUGUCAUCUAUCAAUCAGUGUUUUACAAUGUUGAGCCAAAGAUGAACUCUUAUUUUAGGUACUGUAGAGAUGUUACCGCAUGCAAGCAGCAAAAUGUCUGAAUACUCCUUGCUUUAUUUGCCAAGCAUGUUGUUGCUGAUUUAAGGAUUAUGCAUAAAAUGUUACUGGCAUGAACAAAUGCAGAUGUAGUAUUGCUUGAAAUGCAUUCUUUCUUUUAAUCGUGUUGCUAUACGUUUGUACAUAAUGUGUUUUAGCCAAAGAAUGACUUGAAAAGUCUUUAGCUCACAUUACAUAAGCAGUGCCUUACAAAAGUUCAAUUGAAGCCAUGUUUGGAUUAUGUUUAAUAAUGAUGCAUUUUAAUACCAGUGUAUAUAUAAAAUCUGUUAUCAUAUUGUGUGCUAUUGCUCAGAUGUCACCGUUUUGUACUUACAGUUGCAUUUUAUUUCAGUAGCUUUUAGAGGUAUUUAAACAUGUUUUAAUUGUUUUUUACAUUGCUAAUGGUAUAAUUACUAACGUUAACUCUGUACCAUUAUUAUUUGUCAAGACUCUAGUACAACCCCCCACCCCACAAAAAAAACAUAGAAGUUAUAUGCACAGCUGUAUAUUUUACCACAGUGCUGUGAACUACCAUUAAACCAAAAUAACCCUG